CUCUAAUAAUCUAAGUAGGUACCUAGCGGUCGGGACUCAGGUUAAAAUCCGAGGAGGCGUCCAUAGCGCAAUAGACUAGGUAGAUACCUGCAUAGGUAAACAAUCUAGUUUUGACAAGGAUCAUCUAUUCAUGAGGGGCGAGAGCUAAAUCUUGGAAAAGUGAUUUAUCAUCAUGAAAUCGACACUAGAGCUAGGCAUUUCCUUCGAAUAUUAGUAUUUAUUACCACAGAUCCAGAAUGACUAGAUGUAUGCUUAGGCACCUAGUAGCUUAUUCAGUAGUUCAACAAGAACUUAUAUCGCAGCUGCCAAAGGAGGCAACUUGAAUAGGAACAAUGUCGAAUUUGGUCCGACCACAGCCUCUAUCCAGUCAGACGCGAGUUCAUCCCUUCAAUGGGAUAUGGCCCAUGACCAGGGUUAUUUUGAUAUCGCUAUCAACGGCGUUCUGCGCAAUUGUAUUAGGUAUUUCGAUUGCACUUGCCGCCGAUCCUGCCGUUGGGAGUUAUGUCGUUGUUUGGACCGCCCCGCAAGCAGGUGCGGCUCUGCUUUGGUCCGGGAUCGAGGUUGUUACGGCAUAUACGGGAGGAAAGAAUCAUCGGGAUAUCCACCCCGGUGCCCACGUGGCUGUGCACCUCCUUCUCUGGUUAGGUUUUGGUAUCGGGGUAGGGUUAACAGCCUGCAUCUUAGCAUUCGCCGUUUCCUUCAACGACUUCGAUCCUUACCCAGAAAACUAUGAUUAUUAUGGAAGAGAUCCUGGACAUGGGUAUUAUAGCGAGUACUAUAUCCACUCCAUAGAGGCUGUUAUAGCAUUUCUAGGCCUUCAUAGUAUUGUACAUUUUUCGCUCUUUGCUGGCGCUUGUGUGGAAAUACUCGGAUGUAGAGAGGCGAAAAAUACGAUGGUCGUUGAUAUAUCGUCUGAGCAUUCUGAACAUCGAAUGCAGCAACCGCAGUUGGUCCAGCUGCCCUUGAAGGACGAAAAGAGGGAACUUAGGACUAAUGCUAUGUGAUCAAUUCAAUAGUUGGAGAUAGAUUUUAACCGCCGCCGACGAGGACAUUAUAACUUAUGGCGUUGCAUGCGCGCUAAGCAAAACACCGAUCGACAGAAAGCAGCCUUGCCGUCUCAAUUGUUGUAAGGAUGGGAUAUGGGCUGAGUUGAAGACCAACCGACCAGCCACGUAUUGACUUUACGAUACCCAUGUUGGAGUGGAAAACUGCACUGUUGUUGAGGUUACGCUAGACCCACCCACGAGCAUCUCUAUGAAGCAGAAAUCGUUUGGUGGAUCUCUCAGCGAUUGAAUGUUAUGCAGAACGGCUUUUGCACGCUGUACGAUAUCUACCUACCUACUAGGUACCUAUUCAUAUUGGUAUCGUAUCACAAGUGAGA